CAGUGGGCUUUGGCGUUUCCUGACUUAUUUUUUCCCCUUCUUCCUUGCAAUGCCCGUAUGAUGGCAGGCGCAUACUGAUCACCGUUAGCCAGAUGAAGAAACUGAGGCUUGGAGCAGUGCAGUGACUGAGACACUUUAAGGGGCGAGCCAGGUCUGGAAGCCCUGUUCAUUGACCAUGUCCUCUGCAUCCCUUCACUGUCUGCCCCACAUAUGCUUAGUCUUGGAAACCAAAGGUUCUACCUUGGACAAUGCAUAUUAACAAGGAAAGGCACCAGUCCAUCAUCUGUCCCUAGGAUGCUGCAGGUUGUUUUAGCCCUAACCAAAGACCUUAUCCUUAAUUAUCAGGAAGGAUGAUCAGAGAAAAACAGAAGACCAUGUCCUGUCGCUCACAUUGGACUAUAAUGGAUGUGUUCAUCCAUAGUGUAUAUAUAGUUCUGGUCACCAUACCUCGUGAAGGAUUAUGACAGAACCAUAGGAGGUCCAGAGAAGGGUGUCUGUAUUCAUCAAAGGGAGCAUGAGGAUGGUGCUCUUUGGCUUACAAAACACUAGGAAAGCUGCAUGGUCUAUGAGAAAUUGUGUUGGACUCUGAGCCAUAGACCUAGAUUUGGUUCCCAGAUCUGUGUGGUACAAAAGCAAUAAUUGUCAUUGGCAUCAGAAGACCUCAACUCCAACUCUGCUGCAUACCAUCUGUGUGACCUUGAGUGAGUCACUUAACUUUGAUGGCUACUGAUUUCUUCAUCUGUAAAAUAAAGGGAUUGGACUAGAAAGCUUUGAGGGUCCCUCUCAGCUCUUAAUUUGUGAUCCCUUAAUCCCACCUUUCUAAAUAACUGAGCCUUUGAUUUGUCUGUAAGAUGGGGACAGUACCUCACAGAUAUGAGGAAACCAUUCUGUACCCCUUCAAGUUCCAUAUAUAGGAGUUUUGAAUACUUAAAUAUUCAAGAGCUAAAAAAUUCUGCUAGAUAGAGAGAAGAUGAACUUGAACUUUAUCACCAAAUCCCAAAAUACUUGGGCCGCAUAGAGUCCUUUGAAAUUCCUGCCAGGCCAAUUGAGAAAAAAUAAUUAGAUAACCUGCUUCUUCCAGCAGGUAAGGUGUAUGGAAUCCAUUCCCCCAAGAGGAGAUGGUGGGAAAUAGAAGUGAGUCUUAGAAGGAUUUGGAUAGAAUGAUGAAUGGCAGAACCAUUCAUGAAGACUGAUUAGGGAAUGACCAGCCUUUCCCAUAAAAGAACCCUAGAAAAUUCUGGACCAGAUGGACUAAGGAAGGGAAUUCCGUGUGCUGGAUUGUGCAUUGGAGAGCCGGGGUUCUAGUCCGGGUCCUGUUGUCCAUCAGCUGCUCUGUGAUCGUCCCUACCUAUGAGCGGAUGGUUGUGUUUCGUCUGGGACGGAUUCGGGCCCCUCAGGGGCCAGGCAUGGUCCUGCUGCUUCCUUUCAUUGACUCUUGGCAGAGGGUGGAUCUGCGGACAAGAGCAUUCAAUGUCCCUCCCUGUAAGCUGACCUGCAAGGACGGUGCACUGGUGUCUGUGGGGGCUGACGUCCAAUUCCGCAUCUGGGAUCCAGUGUUAUCAGUGAUGAUGGUGAAGGACCUGAACUCAGCCACCCGCAUGACAGCCCAGAAUGCCAUGACAAAGACCUUGUUGAAGAAGCAGCUGCGUGAGAUCCAGAUGGAAAAGCUGAAGAUUGGGGAUCAGCUCCUACUGGAGAUCAAUGACAUGACCAAGUCCUGGGGUCUGGAAGUGGACCGGGUAGAGCUGACGGUGGAGGCCGUGCUGCAGGCUCCUCAGGAUGCCCCCUCCCUGCCUGGCCUGGACAGUGCCAUCCAACAGCUGGCUCUCCAUUUCUUUGGUGCCGGCAGCAGUGGACAUACUCCUGUGGCGGCUGAGAAAGACACCAUGGAGAUGGUGAAUGAAGUAGAAGGGUCCCUCCCACCUGCCAGCAACCCAAGUAGUACCAGCAAUGGUGGUGCAAAGAAGAGGCCAACAGUGGAGGAGCUGCUGGCUGCCAUGGAACUGUUUCUGUCUGAGGCUUUGGUCAGUCAAGUCCAGGCAUGCUACCAGUUUAACAUCCUCCUGCCCAACAGUGCACAUAGCACCUACUUCAUUGAUCUCACUACAGGGAGUGGGAAGAUUGGGCGUGGGGUGCCCGACUGCAGUCCAGACGUGGUUUUGGAAAUGACCGAGGCUGACCUGCUAGCCCUGUUCUCUGGAGAACUGAAGCCCCUCGGAGCUUAUAUGAGCGGGAGGCUGAAGGUGAAGGGAGAUUUGAACCUGGCCAUGAAGAUGGAGUUGCUCUUGAAAGCCAUGGAAUAGUAGAACAACAGCAAUGCCUGUCCCAGUCCCCUGCCUUGAGUCCCCAGCCCGUCAAGGUGCUUGUUGGCAAUGAAUGAAGAAGCUACUUCUUUGGCAUGUAGAAUGGAGCCGGGAAGGUGAUGACUUCCGUCCCUUGCCUGGUCUGGUUCUCCUGUCUUCCUCACUCAGUUUCGUUCAUUUGACAAGUCUUUCCUGAGCCCCAUCCCUGUGCCAGGGGAGACCAUGGUAGAGACAGGAAAAGGCCCUAUACGUGCUCUCAGGGGACUCCUGCUAUGUCUGUGGAGACAAGACCCACAUCUAUGCAAUCGCUGGAGAGCAUUACCAAGCAAUCUAAAACCCAGUGUUGGAGUAUGCCUGGUAUGCUCUUACUGUGGCAAGAGGUCAGGAGGAAGGCAGUAAUGAUCAAGGACUGGGCUAGUUGGGGAAAGCUUCAGCUGGGCCUUAGAGGAGAAGGAGGAGGGGAACAUUGCCAUCCCAGCCCAGGAAGACAGGCCUCCGACAAGCUAAUGGAAUCCAGAAUAGAGACCAGAGGACUAGGGAUGGAAGCCAGCGACCCUGUGGCCCCAAGCGUUGCUUUAGAAUGGGGAGGAGAAAGGGCUGGCCCCUUCCCCUAGCAUGUCUUCAGCCUCUUGGGCCCGUGAAUGUUGUCUGUCUUCCCUGUCCUGCAUGUGAUAUCAAAGACAAUGGGAGGUAGGGUGCAUUUAUAUACAUCCUGGCUCUUGAUUGAAUUGUCUUUGUGUUUUAAAUUAAAAGACUGAAAAACCUAA